GCUCGUGAACGUGUACUUCCGGUGCGUUCUGCAUUGUCGCUAAGCUAGUCUCACCGCAGGGUGGUUAUUCAGCAUCAUGAGCGGAGUAGGGGGCAAAAAGAGUUCGUCCGGCUCGUCAAGUGUGACAGAUUGGAUUAGUUCGGCGUGUAAAUUUGCGACAGACAGAAAUGAUUUCAGGAGGAAUCUGCUGGUCAACCUGGGGUUGUUUGCAGCUGGUGUUUGGGUUGCAAGAAAUCUCUCAGAGUUUGACUUGAUGGCCCCUCAACCUGUCACAUAACCCUGUCACAGUCUGGACAUGGUGUCUUGCACUACAAAGGAAGAAUCAAACAAUUUAAAGAAAAUAACAUUUGUUAAAUCCUAAUUUGAACUGUAUUAUCUCCGAAUUCAUAAUUGCUUUUUAUAUUUCUACUUUUUUGUUUUCAUUGUCUAGAUGUGAGAACAUUAAGUCUGCUCUUGUUGCCGAGCUUGUAAAGUACUUCGACUGUUUAGAAAGUGUAACAUAU